AUGCUUAAGAGAACCAACAAGUUAUAUCAACUGGCGAAAAGUGUUUCACGUUAUGUUCCCCCAAGUCAACGUGCAAUCAUACAACAUAAAGAAUAUGCCAAAAGUAAAAGACAAAGUGAUGUUCUAGGCAAGAUAGUACGUUAUGGAGCUUUCACUUUGGUCAGUGGGUCAAUAUUAAUGUAUUUAUGGCAGCCUUGGAAUCCGUACUCUAAAGAAGUGAGUAAGGAACUUCGAAAAGGUUUGUGGGAAGAAAGAGAUGGGAAUGAAGACUACUUGAACGCCUUGAAAUACUAUUUGAAGGCGAUGAAAGUCGCUAAGGAGAAUGAACACAUGGACCAGCUUAGCAUGCAAUACACAGGAAUUGUUUUGAAAGUUGCUGAAAUGUACCAAAAUUUGAAAAUGAUAGAAAACUUGACUGCUACCUACUACAAUUUAAGCACAUUUAUUUUUGAGAAUUUGAUUCACGGAACUAUUAAGGAUGACAAUCCGGAGAAAGAACUACUGAUAGAUAGAGAUUUGAUUGUCAUUACUCGAUGGGCCAUGCUAAUGCAGAAUGCAAAAUCCAAAAAUUGGGUUUCGGACGUUAGCAACGAAUUGCGUGAUAGGAUGGCGUUCAUUGAAAAUAAUGAGAUGCUGAACGAUUUGCCCUGGAUAGCUACCGAUCCUAAAAGCAAGAAAAUCAACACGAAUGACCUUAUUGAUAUAUGGGCUGAAACGAAAGUAGACAGGUUUGGUAUUAACCACACGAAAAAGACCGAGUGGAUUGAAGAAAAUAUAAAUUCGGAGGAAGGAAAGCAAUAUCUUGAAUGCUGGGACAUUAUGAGAUCUUUUAAAGAUAGGAAUUGGCCUGUGUGGAUUGAAUCAUAUUUAAAGCUUCGUGACUUUUAUGCCAUGCUCCAGAUGAACAGGGGAAAUACUACCUCUUGCAUUCAAAUCCUACAAAGUAAUUUGUUAUGGUCUACGGUUGCCGGAUUUGACAAUAGCGUAAACAGUACGACGCAGAUCCAUAAUCUUGCGUCUGCCUGGUUUCAGCUUGGUCAGCAAACAAAUGACAAAACUGCUUAUGCUAAUUCUAGAGCAAUAUAUGAAAAACUAAUAUCAAAGGUGACCACAAAAGACCCAAUUUUACCUAUAUCAUAUUACUCCUUAGGUGUAUUGGCACUGCAGUUGGAGGAUAAAAAGUCGGCAACUCAGAAUUUUUCCAAAGCGAGAGCAUUAGCAGUUGACUUAGACCAGUUACAAAUUGUAGAUAAGAUAGAUGAUGAGUUAUUGAAAAACUUGAAAAUUAAUUAA